AUUCCACUGAGAUUCUCACAUGAAGAAAACAGACAAGUUUAAAAAUAAGAACUCUGAAAGAGUAUAAAAGAAGGAUGUUUGGAAUAAUGAGAGGAUAAACCAAACUGGAUAUCUAGGACUACAGUUAACAAUACAAGCUUUCUCAGGAAACUUAAGUCUCCGGUGACAAAUAAGAGUCACAACAAGACAGGAUACACAUGGACCCAACUGCUGAGCAGAAGGGAUAUGGGAGGCAAACAGCCUGUGAUCCAUUGUCUUAGCAUGUGUUUUUAAAAGCUUUCUUAUUAUUCAAUCUCAGCUUGCAAUGCAGAGAUCACGAAGUUCAGUGCUCCUUCGCUCUGUCAAGAUGGAGAAUUGCCUUCAGAUCUUCUGGCCAGUCUUACUUCUUGUGGCACUGAUCAUCCAUCCCAGUGAAGAGGCAGAGGUCUUGUGUACUGGGACUGCUUGCUACACACUGGACUUAGAAAAGCACUCAUGGACAAAAGCUCAGCAAAUGUGCAAAAACAAUGGGGGAAACCUGAUGACCCUGAAGAGCCAAGAGGAGGCAUUAAUUGUCCAGCAGCUACUGAACAAGAUACCCCAGGAGGGAGCUGGCACAGAUGUGGAGGUAAGAGUGUGGAUUGGGCUCCACCGAGAGAAGGGCAAAUGCUACCAGCAACAUCAGCCCCUGAAGGGCUUCGUCUGGGUGACAGGAGGCACAGAAACUAAGUACUCUAACUGGGGACAGGAGCCUCGGGGAACAUGCACAACAAAUAGGUGUGUCACCAUUCAAGGGACUCCUUCCUCAUCUCAAGAACUAUUUUGGGCAGAUGGCCCAUGCAGUCAGGCUACCAAGGGCUACUUGUGCAAGUUCAACUUCCAGGGCAUGUGCCGGCCACUUGUAUUGGCAGGGCCAGGCAUUGCCAGAUACACCACCCCUUUUGGCGUGACUACAGCUUCCCUUGCAGCAGUGCCAUUUGGCUCCAAUGCUCAAGUGGAGUGUGGACCUGAGGGGAAAGAGAUUACUACCUACCUCAUGUGCAUGCCUCAGCCAAACAGCAAUAUCUCUGAAUGGAGCAGCCCUGGGCCAUUUUGUGCUUCACCUGCUUAUGGCUGUAGCUACAGCAAUGGGGGCUGUGAGCAUGACUGCCUAGACCAGGGUGGGGGCUUGUUUGAAUGCUCUUGCCACUCUGGAUACCAGCUUGGUGGGGAUCAUCUUUCUUGCAUUCCUGUGGACUAUUGCAUCUCCAGUCCAUGUCAGGGGAAGUGCUUGCCGUACCCUGGUGGCUUCACAUGUCAGUGCUCUGUGGGCUAUAUGUUGGCCGAAGAUGGGUUGAAUUGCCUGGAUGUUGAUGAAUGCAAGGCUUCCUCUCGGCCCUGUGAACAGAUCUGCGUGAACACAAUAGGCAGCUUCAUAUGCCGCUGCCACCAAGGCUAUAAGCCUACUGAACCUAAUGGCCAAGCAUGCCAGGACAUUGAUGAGUGUGCUACACUCACACCGUGUGACCAAGUUUGUUUAAACACACCAGGCUCUUUCCUUUGCUCUUGUCAAACUGGCUAUCAGUUGGAGGGGAUCAAUAGUUCUUCUUGUAUAGAUGAUGAUGAGUGCCAGGAAGAGUUUUGUGAGCACAUGUGCAUCAACCAACCAGGAAGUUACCAGUGCUCUUGCAGGCCAGGCUGGAUUCUGGCACCCAAUAAGAUCUCUUGCUAUCCAGAUGCCAUUACUUCUUUCCCACCUACCCAGAAACAGGAAUUGGUGAGUCCAGAAAACGUUUUUCCUGCUUCAGAGACACCAGCCAUGCUUUCUACUUCCUCUGUUCAUGUUGAAGAAAGAAUUCUUGUAUCCCAGGAAUCUACCUUCCAGCCAAAUGUGUUCAGCAGCCCAUUAGAUGCUAAAAAUGUUGUCAGAGAUGGCUACACUGACAAUAAUAGUGGCAACUCGAAGCAACUUCUAUAUUACACCUUGGGUGGGGUGGCUGUCUUGCUACUGUUGGCUCUUGUUCUAAUUGGGAUGGCCUACAAGAAAAUGAAAGCCAAAAAAGCCAAGAAAACAUCUACAAAUGCUGCUGAUAACUAUUCGUGGGUGCCAGAUCAGCGGGAUACUAAGGCACAGAGCAACGAAUACAUAUAAUUGACACUGUGUUUUUGUUGUAGCCAUGGCACUCAGCAGAGGACAAAGAAAAUCUAUAUGAAAACUGAAGAUAGGAAAAGAAUGAACUUGCUAAGAACAUUGUCACAUGGCACUCAUUAAAGACAAUAACUCUGAUUCAUUGUGCCACCUAAACACUGAGGAUGAUGAAAGAAAAGGGACUUUAAGACUAAACAGAGAAAGAUCUGCAUAUUAUGGACAUUUCAUUUUGCAUAGCCUCAAACAUUGAAUUUUGGGGUGGGUGGCUUUCUUCAUGUAUUUUCUUAUUUCAGAAAACAUUAAUGGGGAAAAGGGAAUACCUGUAAAAUCUUCUUUGAUUGUUGGAAGUUCUCUGAAGCAUACACAAAAGAUCAAGUGGAAAAAAGGAUCAGCCUUGUCUAUGCAUCAGGUGGGAAUCAUUAACCAUAUUUUUAAAACAGUGAAUGCACAUUUAUUUAUAUACAUCAGAGGUGGAAAUCACAUGAUCCUCCAGAUGUUGUUAGAUUAGUAUUCCCAGCAUUUCUUACUAGGCCUAAUGGGAGUUGCAGUUUAACAAUAAGGACAUGGUUCUCACCAAUGGUAUAUGCCCUUCACUUUCUUCUGGUUCCAACUUUGGGGGGGGGAAAGCAUUUUUUAAGUUGCAAAAUUAUGCCAAAGAUUGGAAGAAGAAAGCAUAUGAGUGAAAUGGAUGCAAGCCAAUAGGUACCUGCUUCAGAAGAACAGCUCUAAGCACAUUCAAAGUACUCCACAAAAACCAUAUUUGUGUAAUCCAUCAAUAAAUUGCUUGAAAAAAGUUUGUAUGCCAUUAAGCAGAUUUAAAUCAGAGAACUCUAGGUCAUGAAUUGGUUGUAUUUUAUUAAAUAGAUUUCUUAGGGAAUUUCUCAGGGCCCUUCCACACAGCCAUAUAAUCGAGAACAUCAAGGCAGAGUAUAAGAUGUAGGGAUAAUGAAAUGAUAGUAAGAAUUAAUUAUGGCCCCUUCCACAUAGCUGUAUAAAUCUUUAUAAUUGCAUGUUUUAUUAUGGAAAUAAGUACAUUUGAUACUAGGAUCAUAUACUGCAAUGGCACUUGGCAGAUGCUUUCUCAGAUUUUCCUCUGGAAGAAUUUUCCUCAGCCACUGCAGAGCUCUUUCUACAGUAUAAACAAUUUAACUCCCCAGGUAUACAUUUUCUCAAGUGAAUAUUUAUAUAAUGAGAUUAUAUUUACUCAUUUUAAAUUUACAUUUCAAUCAACACUGUGCAGGACCCUCCAGAGUUAAACAUCUUGAUAGUCAAUUGGUUUCAACAACAGAGAACUAAGUACAUGUUUAAUCGUUUAUUUAAUAUCAGUCAGAAUUGUUUUAUUAUAACCUGCAACACAUGUCCCAGAUUGUUGCAGGUGUGCAUUACUACAGUAAAGUUUGUUAUAAUCUGCCAGCUACAUCCUGUUGCUUAGUAAGUACAGAAAAUAAUUUUCCUCCUGGUUUUUCUCUCCAGUAGGCUUGUUAUGAGAUCAAGGAAGCAGUGAUGAAAAUGUAGAAUUUCAAUUGCCUGAAUGUUUUAAACAGUUGUCUGUGUGUUCUUUUUGUAUAAUUACCAAGAACAGAGUUAAGGGAUGAACAAUAUGGGAGCCUUUCAGAAACCAUAAAUAAUGAAGACAUUAUUUCAACAUUACAGAUUCACCCUAUUUUAUAGUAAGGCCUCCACUACAAACCAGCUCUGAAUAUUCCUUGACUAAAAAAUGAUGAGAUUGCCUUAAGUUAACAAACAGCUUGAAGAUGAAUGCACACAUAUGGGUAUAUCCUGCCAGUGCAGUCAAGGAUUCUCAAAGCAGCUAGCAAAGAUAUAUUAUUUGCAUGAUGUUGUAAAAUAGAUUGAAAUGUGCAAUUAAUUUUAUACGUAAAUCAAUUAGAGAAGGAUUACUGUCACACAACAAUAAAAACAAAAGGAAGCUUGAGUGAAGUGGAAACAGAACAGUUAAAAAGCAGAAGCAAAGAGAUUGGACACUGCGGGUUAAGCAUGUGAUGCUAGGAAUGGCUCAUCCAAGCCAUUGUCAGUCAUAUGAUUUCCUUGGCCACAGCUUUAUUUCUAAUUUGCAAUUUGGAAGUAAUAACUGGCUCACUGAACUAAUGAAAAAUUCCUGGGAUGGUGUACUUGGGACAUUGGCACAUUCGAAAUGUGCUAUUAAUGCAGAACAAGACAAAGUGAAAUAUGAAAUGAAAUAUGUACAAACUAUGAA